AUGGCUGCCCUCAGACCUCUGGUGAAGCCCAAGAUCAUUAAAAAGAGGACCAAGAAAUUCAUCUGGCACCAGUCAGAUCAAUAUGUCAAAAUAAAGCACAACUGGUGGAAACUCAGAGGCACUGACAAUAGGGUGUGCAGAAGAUUCAAGGGCCAGAGCUUGACACCCAACAUUUGGUUACUGGAGCAACAAGAAAACAAAGCAUAUGCUGCCCAGUGGCUUCCAGAAUUCCUAGUACACAACAUCAAGGAGUUUGAAGUGCUGCUGAUGUGCAAAAAAUCUUACUUAUCUCACAGUGUCUCCUCUAAGAAUCCCAAAGCCAUUGUGAAAAGAGCAGCCCAGCUGGCCAUCAGAGUCACCAAACCCAAUGCCAGCCUGUGCAGUGAAGAAAAUGAAUAG